AGAGCAGCUCUCUUUGAAGUAUAAUCAUGAGAAGGGGAGAGGAGGGAAAGGGGAGGAAACACUCCUUGUCUGGGAGUACGUUACAUAUUUGAAAAGAUAGUAAUCGAUCUCUUGGGAUGCUUCGUUUUCUCUCUCUAGGGUUGCCGCAAGGCAAGCCGCUAGUUUCGAUCGUCCGCUAUCGGCUUACGCCGAAGAGCGGGGCUGAUUUCCAGCCAUCUGUUUUUAAUUUCGGCAUAGGGGAUUCAGAAGGGGAGGCGACAAAGGAGGUAGGUGAAGUUUCUGGUUCGGACCGUCAGUUUCGUGGUGUUUUGACGGAAGAACCGAGGAGACGUAGUAGUGCACAGAGCGACAAAGGUCUGAUCAAGGGAGAAUACAGAUUGGCGGUUCGUCCCCCUCCUGAACCGCUGCCUUGGAUUGAUCGAGAAGUCGGGGUUUGGAAGAUGAUUUUUCAAGAGAAGGAUCUAUUGAAAAGUAGUUAUGGUCACAAAGUAGUUUGAAAUAUUUGUUAGUUAUUCUAUUUUUUAUGGUCUUAUUUUCCUGUUAUGUUUGUUUACGACGUUUCAUUUUUUGUUGAAGACUUUAGUUUUAGGUUUACAAUAAUGAUCGUCAAUUUUGGUAGAUAUUAUGUCAUUAGAAGGAUCUAUAUGUCUAGUGAUUGUUGUGUCACACCCGCUUGGUGGUUACUGGUUAGCGAUUCAUAUUGCUCUUUCAGGGGUGACCGUCUCAAAGUCUAGCCGUAGGGUUGAUUAUGAUCGUUGGUUAGGGAUUGUUUUUGUCAGGAUUGGUCUUUUUGAGUUUGUUGUAACGAUCCU